UUGUUAUGUGCUAAAAUUACUUAAAAUGAAUUUGAAUCUGUUUCGCAAAUCAUUUGUUGUUGUUAAACGAAUUUGUAACGUUAGGUACCUGUAUACAUCGAAGAGCAAUUUGAAUUUCACUGUUGUUAAUUUCAACGAAAAAAAAGAAAACGAUGCCUUAGAAUACACAUCAGAGGACUUGUCGACAGUAACUCCAUAUUUUCCCCAGUCGUUUAAUUUAGCAGCCUAUGUUAACAGUUCGGAGACAUUGCAAAAUUUAGUACAUUUAAACGUCAAUCUUAGUAAAAUAGAGAAGAAUCCUAUUAUUGUUGAAAAAAUCCUCAAGUUGAAUUUCGAACAAGAUAUUAAGAAGGGCCUUUUAUUUAUUAAAGAUUUUGUAAAUGGUGAUGAUAUUGGUAAUUUUUUAACAAAAAAUCCUUUAAUACUUUGUGAAGAUGUAGAAGACCUUGAAGUGAGAGUAAAUUAUUUAAAAUCCAAGCAAUUUGAGCAUAAUGAAAUUAGUAGAAUAAUAACAAAGAAUCCUUUCUGGCUAAUGUUUAGCACAAUAAGGAUUGACCGACGCUUAGGAUUUUAUCAAGAAAAAUUUGAGUUGAGUGGAAAUGAAGUGCGACUCUUAGCAACAAAACAACCCAGAUUAAUUACCUAUAACCUUCAACAUAUACAAACAAAUUUCUUUGUGAUUAAAGAAGAAAUGGGUUUUAAGGAUGAUGAGAUUAAACAGUUACUAUUAGCUAAAUCAAGGCUGUGGAUGAUGAAUCAAAAAAAAAUAUUGGAGAGAUUUAACUACAUUCAUAAUGUGAUAAAAAUACCACAUGAAAUAAUCUUACAAUGUCCACAUAUAUUAUUGCAUAGAAAUUUCAAAGUUAAACAAAGACAUACAUUUCUAGAGAAAUUGGGUAGAGCUCAGUAUAAUCCAACUAUAGAAAAUUUUGUUCCAUUAAAUGCUUUAUUUGAACUAACAGAUAUAGAAUUUUGUAAGAAGUAUGCAAAGUGUCAUGUUGAUGAUUUUAACAUGUUUUUAAAGACUCUGUGA